AUGAGUGAAGAAGUAGAAAUAGAGAAUCAGGUUAUACUGGAUGAACCAAUUGAUAUGGUUGACGAAUAUGUAUCUGAUGAUAAUAAAGAACAACAACACGAAAAAGAAUUGGAUCUUGAAAAUCAAAUUAAGGAACACGUAAACACCAAUGAUCAAACAGAACAACAACAACAACAAGAAGAAGAAGAGGACGACGAGGAAGAUGAUUUUGAUGAUUUUAAUGAAGCUGAAUUCCAAGCUGCUGAACAUAACAAAGAAGAAGAAGAAGUAGAAGAAGAAGAUGAUGAUGAUUUUGGAGACUUUGAUGAUGUUGAAUAUACUCAACAAUCUGAACAAUAUCAACAACCUGAACAUCAUGAACCAAGUUUACCAAGUUCAAUAUUUUCAAAUCCUUUAGAAUUUUCAAAUAAAUUAGAUUUAAAAUUAAAUGAAAUUUUCCCAACAACAACAACAACAUCGAAAGAAACCACAACUGAUAAUAUAAACACAACGAUAUUGAAUGAACGAUCAGAUAUUAUAUAUAAACAAAUUUCAAAUAUGCCUUAUUUACAACCUACAAAUUGGAUAAAAUCAAACAUUCGACAUAAUUUAUUAAUCAAAUUAGGAAUACCCAUAAAUCUAGAUGAACUAAAUACAACAACAACAACAUCAAUAACAAAUACAAAUACAAAUUCAACAGGGAUAGUACCGAUAAGUAAUAUAGAAAAUACAACAAGAAGAAGAUCAAGUAUUUCAGUAAAUGAUAUCAAAUGGAAUUUAUUUAAUAUACCUAAAUUUGAAGAAUUAAAUAUUGAUAAUGAUUUAAAAUUAUCAAUGAUUCAAAAUACUAAUGAAAUUUUAACUAAAAUUGAAUUGGAAAAUUUACAACAUAAUUCUGAACAAUUUUUACGUGAUUCUUCAAAUAGUGAAAUUAUUGAUGAUAAAUUAAAUCAAUUGAUGAAUAAUUAUCAAGAAUUGAUUAAAUUAAGUUCAAUUUGGAUCAAUCAAAUUGAUGAAUUGAAAAAUGAUUUUGAAACUUAUGAAAAUGUUGUUCAAAGUUUUAUUGGUUAUAGUCAAAAGUUAAGAAGAGAUGAAAUAUUUGAAAAUUUGAAGAAAUUAAAACAUACAAAAAAGAAAAAGAAAUUAUGGAACUAA